AUGAGCAACAUCAACAACACCAAUGACCAUGUCAUUGUUAGUGAGACUUCUUCAAAGAAAAAAAUGCAUGACAAAGAGAACUGGGUAAACACCUAUGUUUUUAAGCAUCCUCACUUUGGAAAUCGCACUUCCAACCGUGCAAAAAGUUCACAUGCUUCUCUGAAGUAUGCCCUUGGAACUUCUUCUGGUAAACUGAAGACAGUUACCAUGAAAGUUGUCAAGUGGUAUGAAGCGUUGUUUGAUGAUCGAAAGCGCAGAUUGACAAUGGAGUGUCUUGGAGAGAGCACUACCGUUGUGUUUGAUAAAAUCAAUUCUUUCAGGCUGAAUGAUAUUCACCACAAAAUUUGUCGUUUUGCAAUGGACCACAUCAAACUUGAACUUGCCAAAUCAAUUAUACCUGAAAAACUCACAAAAGAGUGCGAAUGCCUCAUUAACUACAACUAUCUCUUGCCCUGCUACCAUCAACUUGCGCAGUAUAAAAAAAUCCCAAUUUCUUGCAUUCCCAGACAAUGGAGAAUAAACUACUUAGAAGGAGAAGACCACUCAAUUAUUCACAAUGCACUACCUGUACCUAAAAACAUCACUAAAAUCACCACAAUAACACCCCAACUCGCAUAUAAGCUUGAACGGGUUACUCAAAUACUUACCAACGCCCAAAGCAAACAACAGCAAAUACAUUUCAAAGAAUACAUCGACAAAAUAAUAGAGCUAGACUCCAAGCAGAAACUUGAGAACCUUAAUGGUCUAACAGUAGUGGAAGCCAUCAAAGACAGACCUAAAAAUACAAAAAGAAAAAUGAUUGCCCUAGAGCACUGUCUUGAAGCAGAAAAAGAAGAAACAACAAAAAAAAACUAA